AGAUGCUUUCGCGAUCAUUGCAUCCUCUUCGAGCGGUAGCAUGCGCCAGGCCAGCUAUUUCUAAUCGUGAUUCUCACACAAUUUGGUAUCCUGACGCUAAAUUCGAACGUCAAUUCAAGACUGGCGGAACUCUUGGGAAACUUUGGAUGUCAGAACGCGUAUCCGAUUUCGACGAUCAAAUCGGACUUGACAAAUUGGAGAAACUUGCAUACAGCGAUCCGGUGCUCAGCGACAAUUAUGAGGGAAAGAAGAGAGAGAAGAAUCUGGAAAACAUGAUUCUCAACUUUGGACCACAGCACCCUGCGGCUCACGGAGUUCUUCGUCUUGUUCUCAAGCUGGAAGGAGAAGUCAUCAUUAAAGCUAUUCCACAUAUUGGUCUGCUACAUCGCGCUACAGAAAAGCUCAUUGAGCACAAGACCUACACACAGGCACUCCCGUAUUUCGAUCGCCUUGACUACGUAUCCAUGAUGUGCAACGAACAAGCUUUCUCUCUGGCAAUUGAAAAAUUGUUGGGGAUUGACGUUCCACCAAGAGCGAAGUAUAUCAGAAUUCUUUUCGGCGAACUCACUCGAAUUCAAAAUCAUAUUAUGGGAAUCACCACACACGCCCUCGACGUUGGAGCUAUGACCCCAUUCUUCUGGAUGUUCGAAGAACGCGAAAAAUUAUUCGAAUUCUCAGAACGAGUUUCAGGUGCAAGAAUGCACGCAAACUAUGUUCGUCCAGGCGGAGUCGCAUGGGAUCUUCCUGUUGGAUUAAUGGAUGAUAUUUAUGAUUGGGCUGUGAAGUUUCCCGCUCGUAUCGAUGAACUGGAGGAUAUGCUUACAGAAAAUCGAAUCUGGAAAGCUAGAACAGUUGAUAUUGGCCUUGUCUCCGCAUCCGAUGCUCUUAAUUGGGGAUUCAGUGGUGUGAUGGUUCGUGGAAGUGGAAUUAAGCAAGAUGUUCGAAAAACCGAACCAUAUGAUGCCUAUGCCGAUAUGGAAUUCGAUGUACCAAUCGGAACAAAGGGAGAUUGCUAUGAUCGUUAUUUGUGUCGCGUAGAAGAAAUGAGACAAUCGUUGAACAUUGUUCAUCAAUGCCUCAACAAAAUGCCAACUGGAGAAAUUAAAUCCGACGAUCACAAAGUGGUGCCACCGAAACGAGCUGAAAUGAAAGAGAACAUGGAAUCGCUUAUUCAUCACUUUAAAUUUUUCACUGAAGGAUUCCAAGUACCGCCUGGAGCUACAUAUGUACCGAUUGAGGCUCCAAAGGGAGAAUUUGGAGUGUACCUCGUGGCCGAUGGAACGGGAAAACCGUAUCGAUGCUUUAUCCGUGCUCCUGGUUUUGCCCAUCUUGCCGCAAUUCACGACGUAUGCUACAUGUCUCUAAUCGCUGAUAUUGUUGCUGUUAUCGGAACUAUGGAUAUCGUUUUCGGAGAAGUUGAUCGAUGAAUGUGUUUUUUGCUCUUGUAAUUUUUGUUUUAGUGUAGCCGAUGAAUGAAUUUUCUUUUUUUU